AUGGCCACACUCGCAGGAAAGAAAAUUAGCCAGAAUGGCUUGGGUUUGAUGCGCCUUAUCUGGCAUUACGGGCCCACCCCUGACGAAAAGGCCUUCAAAGUGCUCAAAACCGCCCUAACAGCCGGGGCGAAUGUCUGGAACGGCGCAGAUUUCUACGGUCUGCCGAACAACAACUCCCUGCAUCUAAUGAAUCGCUACUUCACCGCCUAUCCUGAGGAUGCCGAGAAAACUUUCUCGAUGGAUUGUUCUCGUAAUGGCCUGCGCGCCUUUGCAGACAACGCCCUGAAGAUCCUAGACGGCAAGAAGAAAAUCGAUAUCUUUGGUCUGGGAAGAGUGGAUCCCAACGUGCCAAUUGAGGAGAGUGUGAGGGCACUGGCGGAGCUCAGGGAAGAGGGCAAGAUUGGAGGUAUCCAGCUGAGCGAAGUGCGAGCUGACACCAUCCGUCGUGCUGCUCGUGUAACGAAGAUCGAUAUGGUCGAGGCCGAAGUCAGUCUCUGGUCGAGAGAAGUGUUUGAGAAUGGGAUUGCCGAAGCCUGCGCGGAGAACGACAUUGUUCUAGUGGCACAUACUCCAUUGGGCGCUGGAAUGUUAACGGGGGCAAUCAAAACCGUGGACGAUCUUCCUCAGACUCAUCACCGUAUGGUUCCUCGCUUCCAGCCUGAGAGCAUUGCCCAGAAUCGUUUGCUUGUUGAGCAACUGGAGAAGCUCGCAGAAUCAAAGGGUUGUACUACGGCUCAGCUGGCACUGACAUGGGUGAAGGUUCAGAGCAAAAAGCCAGGGAUGCCAUUCAUUGUACCGAUCGCAGGUGCCCGGUCUGAGGAACGAGUCCUCGAGAACAUGGCGGAUGUUGAGUUGGAUGAUAAUGAUCUUGACAUGAUCCAGUCCAUCUUGGACAAAUAUCCCGUGGCAGGGGCAAGAUAUCCGCCAGCGGCUGCAAGAUUGAAUGAGUAUUAA